GUUAGUUUUAAGAAACAAGAGAUUGCAACGGGAGAGUCGACGCUGGAGUGCAGAGGGAGCUUACAACCACUGGGAUGAAGUCGCAUCAGGGCAGGAGGACAGUGGCAUCACGGAUGGAGGAUGAAGAUCUGAGUGCUGUCCUCUGUGAGUUUAAUGCAGUCAUCGAGGAUUUUGCCUCCCCCAUAGACAAGAGACAUUUCCGAUAUGACGAACAUUUAAGAUGCAUGAAGAGGCGGAACAGCACGAGCACAAGUGAUGGUGGCAUGAGUGACUCAGAUACAGGUACAGACUCACUUCAGAGAGACAGCUUCAGCAACAAGAAGCUUAACAGUUGCACACUUUCAUCUCCUAAAGCAGCAAAGCUGGGAGACACUAAGGAACUGGAAGACUUUAUUGCUGAUUUGGACAGAACUUUAAAAAGUAUGUAAGAAGAGCAACAAAGCCUACACCUUGGUCCUGGAAAACCACA